UUUUGUAUUGGAAGUUUUUUGAUUAUACCAAAUUUUUUACAAGCUCCACAUCUAAUAGAUGUAUUUAAGAACUAAAUCAUUUAACUAUAUUAUCUCACAAAGAUUAUAUAUGUUUGUUUUUCUAAACAUAACAUCCGUCGAUGAGUCAAGCUAUCGGACAUAUCUAACACCAUCGAAGGUUAUGUUUCUACGCAGUGGCACACGUCAGCGGUGGGCGGGGGAGGGUCUUGUCUUGCGAAUGUUUGCCUCCGCCGUGACAGCGCUAUCUACUGUUUAUGUUAUAGAAAUAACAUUUGCUGAUUACAUACCACUUGAUAGCAGAGGAGACACGUGAACACAUUAUCAUAUGAAAUUAGUAAUUUGCAAAUUACACACUCACAGCGUUAUCAGUAUGCGAGUUGGGCGCCGUCACCGAAAAUGUGUAAAAUAAUUAAAACACUUAUCAUUUAGCGUUUUAAUUUGCUUCAUUGUCAUUGUGCCUCACAGAGGCCAGCAGAGCGCCCGCGGUUUUUAAAAUUAUUGAAAACAGUAUUAAAUAUUACCUAUUUAAAUACCUAAUAUUGUGAAAACAUUACUAAUAGAACUUUAUUAAUCUAAAUACGUCUAAAACUGAUCUAAAUAAAUGUAAAUAAUACGGUCUAUUGUUUACAAAGAUUUAGUAGUGGUUUUAUUUAUAAAAUCAAUUUCAUUCAAUUAAUAAAACUGUUUAAUUGAACCUGACAAUGAUGGUGCAACCUGUAGCUAAAAUGAAUCCAAAGUUAUUCAAGAAGCUGUCAGGCGCGCGAGCGUUGUGCGCGCUGCUCAAAUGUCGCUAUUCGACGAGUGCGGAUGACAUUUUCAAGUUCUAUCCGGACGAAGAGACCAAAGUGAAUCAGAAAUAUAGGGUUUUGGACGAGAAAGAUUAUUCUAGAUUCUUCAGCAAGAGAGCUCUGAGAAGGGAGCCGGCGUUCACGAGACAAAUCACCGCUCUCGCCUACAAGGUGGGCAAGGACAUGAUAUCGCUGGCCGAGGGGAUGCCCAACGAAGCCAUAUUCCCCUUCACGCGCCUUGAGCUGACCUCCAGAGCUGGUGGAAAGAUAAUCUUCGACGAGAAACAGCUGGGAACCGCUCUGCAGUAUCUACCUUCGCAGGGGCUGCCGGCGCUGCUGACGGAGCUGCGCUCGUUCCAGCAGGCGCUGCACCGGCCGCCGCCGCUGGCGCGCGACGUGCUCGUCACCAACGGCUCGCAGCACGGCAUCUACCAGUGCGUGGAGCUGCUGCUCAACCACGGCGACGCCAUCGUCACCACCGAGUACUCCUACUCGGGCGUCUACAGCGUGCUAAAGCCUUACCAGCCAGACAUCAUCGGUAUACCGGAGGACGAGCACGGCAUGAUCCCCGAGACCCUGGAGUCGGUCCUGAACGAGCGGCUGGUGCGGGGGCUCAAGAUGCCCAAGGUCAUGUACCUCAUCCCCACGGGCAACAACCCCACGGGCACCGUGCUGCCGGAGGGGCGGCGGAGGAAGAUCUACGAGCUGGCCUGCAAAUACGACUUCUUGAUCUUGGAAGACGACCCUUACAUGUUCUUGAACUAUACUGAUAGAGUGGCAUCGUUCCUGUCGCUGGACGCGUGCGGGCGCGUCAUCCGCCUCGACUCGCUGUCCAAGGUGGUGAGCUCCGGCAUGCGCGCCGCGUGGAUCACCGCGCCCGCCGCCUUCAUCCAGCGCGCCGAGCUGCACACGCAGGCGGAGAUCCUGCACUCCUGCACACUGACGCAGGCGAUCUCGUUCCACCUGAUCACCGACCGCGACGCGCUGGCGACGCACCUGCUGGCGACGCGCGCCUUCUACGAGCAGCGGCGCAACGCGCUGAGCGGAGCCCUGCGCGGCGCCGGCGACUUGCUGCAGUGGAGCGAGCCGGCCGGCGGGCUGUUCCACUGGGUGCGCGUGCGCGGCGUGCGCGACGUCUACAACCUGGUGUUCCACACGGCGUUCGACCGCGGGCUGAUGCUGGUCCCCGGACAAGCGUUCCAGUACGACAGCAGCGGACCCUGCCAGUUCCUGCGCCUCACCUUCAGCAAGAUCAACGAGCAGGACAUCGAGCCCACCGUGCGCCUGCUGGCCGACAUCGUGCGCCACGAGCAGCAGCUCGCCAAGCGGCAGCGGCGGCUGGCUACCGAACAAUAGGUGGCAGCACAACUGCUUGCUCAUUAGUUCAAAGUUGAUUGAGACUUAAAAAUUAUUAUUCCUUGAUAUCUGAAUGAUUAAUUUAGAAUAUAAUUUAUUUUGUUUUGUAAAUAAAUCGAGUUUGUAGGUACUAGAUAAGUAUUUUAAUUUUUUUCUUAGCUUUUAAGUAUGUGAGAUAAAUAUUCGUUGAUAGUUCAUUAAUUAUUACUUUUAAACCAUUUAAUAGGUAUAUAAUUUUAAAUAUAAGCGCCUAUAAUUUUAUUGUGAUAAAUUCAAAGUUUAUAUCAAUGCGGUUUCUUUCACUAGAUAACUGAUAUAAAUUAGAAUAAAAGUUUGUUUAUUAAGAUUAGAAUAUAAUGAUUAGAUAUUAUGUUAAUUUGAUUGUAGAAUAACGUUUCUAUUUAAUAAUAAUAAUAAUUGAAAAUAAAGAAGUAAAGUACUGAGCCUUUAUAGUUAUUCUACUCAUCGCUAGAUGGUGCUACUUGGAAGCAAAUGUCUAUUUUGAUGAAAAUAUGCGAUUGAUUGGAAAAUUCUUUGACUGUUAAAUGCAAUUUCUGUAUCAACUUAUAAUAAUUGUGUUAUGUAAUAAUAGUAACAAAGUAGUAUGAAAAGAUUUGAUAAUAAAAAUUUAAAUAGCGGAAAAUUAAAAGGUGAUCUUAGUUUA